CUGCUUGUGACCCCCUCCACCGCCUCCACCCCCACCCGAGUCCCUCCACCACCCCCACCCCCACCAAUAGGUGAUGACACAGAGAUUGAAGAGGUAGAAAUGGAAGAAGAGGAAGGCGAACCUCCAGCUCCAGGAACAGAGGAAGAUAAUGUGCACCGAGCACCUCCAGCCCCUGUUGUGUCCAGCAGCACUAAGGACCCAGACUGUGUAGAGCCUUCAACUGUACCUUCAAGACCUGCUAAAAGAAAAGCCCCUUCUGUCAGCUCAGGACCACAACAAAAGACUGUUACAAUUGGUAGCAAUCCCAUACUCUACAGCCAGUCUGCAAUAGUGGCUGCCCCAGUAGCUAGUACACCAGUGUUUUGGGGUAUGUCUGCUGGAGUCACCCCUGUCAUCAGUAUGGACACCACCACAACAGUGAUGCCACCUACAGUUACACAAACACUUUCUAGUAAAACCUCUGCUUCAAACAGUUCAGAUCCACCAGUCUCCAGGUCUCACCCAACUGAGAAAUUGAAAAAGCUUAAGAAAGAAAAGCCAGCUAAAAAGACAAAGACCAAGAUGCCAUCUCUGGUUAAGAAGUGGCAGAGCAUUCAGCGAGAGCUUGAUGAAGAGGAGAACUCAACGUCCAGUGAUGAGGAUAGAGAUUUUGUUAAUCAGAAGCGUAUAGAGGAGUGGAAACAGCAACAGCUUGUUAGUGGCAAAGCUGAGAAAAAUGCAAACUUUGAAGCUCUUCCUGAAGAUUGGCGUGAACGGCUGAAAAGAAAGAAGCUGGCCCAGAACACGUAACUGAUGGCGCACUGGACUGCUAUGUAGUUUUUUUAUCAUAGACAUGGGUGACUCCAGAGUUUUGUUUAGACCCAGCAGGGAUUUUUGUUUUCUGUUGGUUGUAAAUGGGUUGUGUUUGAUACACCACCCAUCCAUCACUCCAUAAACCUUGGCCAUACAUGAACACAAUUUUUGUAUUCCUUUAACUUGGAAUAUAAGUACUGGGUUAAAAUUCAGUAGAUCUGACAUAACCUUGUACUGAUGUUUUUAAACUCUCUAUUGUCGUCAGUAUUCUGCCAUCUGUCCUGUCUUGUGCACUACAUCUAGAACUGCUACAUGUACUGCAACUUUGAUGUCCUGAGGGGUCAGUCGUUUUGUAUUAAAUUUGUGAAUGUAGGAUGGAUUCUAAAACUCAUGGUUCUUUCUGUUUUGAGAGAAGUGAUUUAUCCUGAUUCUCUGUUCAUUUCCUGAAGUGUGUGUUCCUGCACUGUCCACACUUUUUGUUGUGCGGGGAGUGCAUUUUAUAAGGAAAAAAGAAACCUGGUUACAUAUCCUAUUGCACUUCUAGCUCUGUUUUACCCAUAGUUGUCUAGCUCACUGGGGGCAAACAUAAACAGUGAUUACUUGAACAGGAGCCGUGACAUUUUCUAAUUGAAACUUUGUAUAUUUUGUAUAUAAUUACUCAAAAUAAACUUUAAAAAAGACUUUUGUUAAA